CCACCAAGUAUUUUAUUUUGAAUGCCGCACUGUUAUCUUCCGGUGUCUAUUCUCGGAGCGCCUAACAAACAGCGAGCAACUCCUGAUGUUGCCCGUGUUCGUGGGUCCCGGUCAGAGUUGAGUCCCCGGGCGUGGACGCGCGGCUGCACGGCGCCAGCCCCGGGAGCGUGUGUGUGUCGGGUGUGUGUUUAAUCCCCCCACACUGCGGUGAGUGUCGUGUCCGCCUCCGUGCAGGUCCAGCAGCGCUGCAGUGCGCGGAGCCAUGCGGCAGUGGUGCGUCCCCGCCGCGACCCCGCGGGCGGCCCCGACCCCCGAGCGGCCGUGCGUGUCGCCGCCUCCGCCAGAUCCAAGAAUGGAGUGCUGUGAGAUGGAGCCGCGCUACACCAUCGAACAGAUCGACCUCCUGCAGCGCCUUCGCCUCUCCGGCAUGACUAAACCGCAGAUCCUCCACGCUCUGGAGUCCCUGGAGAGGCUGGACCCGGACCACCGCUCCUCUCAUUGUGACUCCCGCCUGGCCCUGUCCGGCAACGCCCCCGCCAUCGCUGCUCCGGCACCAUCCUCGUCUUCCUCCUCCUCCUCGCUCUCGCUGGCCUCUGCCACCACGCAGACCUCCGGCCUGGACGGCGCUGCGCUCUCCCCCAGCAACAGCUACGAGGCCUCGCCUCCGCCGCUCUACUCCGCCGGCGUGGCCGCGCAGCGCUCCUUCAGCUACGACAUGAUGGGAGAGGAGGAGUGGGACCUGGAGGAAAAGGUGGAGGAGUACAUGAGGAGAGACAGCAACCUGGUGAAAGAAGAGAUCAAAAGUUUCCUCAACAGUCGCAGGAUCUCGCAAGCAAUUGUGGGGCAAGUCACAGGUAUCAGCCAGAGCUACAUAUCCCAGUGGCUGCUGCAACAAGGCCUGGAAAUGAGCGACUCCAAGCGCAGAGCCUUCUACCGCUGGUACCUGCUGGAGAGGAAUAACCCAGGGUUGAGGUGCAGUGAAAGCCAGCACAGCGUGAGUCCCCAGCCCAGGGCCAGGGGAGGGGAGAGAGACAGGACGCUCACAGGGGCGAGUGGCAGCCUCCCCGACAUCCUCCCCAACACCAACCUCAACCUCAGCUCAUCGUGGAGCAGGCAGAGAGAGCUGCUGCUGCACUUGCUCCCAUGGUGCACUGCUGCCGCAGCCGCCCAGUCAGGUGCCACCUUAUCCAUGCGUUCUCUGGUGAAAGAGGAGCCAGACUGGAGGAUGGGGAUCAUGGCUGGAGACCGAGCUGGGAUGGUGGCGGGUCCUCUGAGGCUUCGUAGAGGAAGCAGAUUCACCUGGAGGAAGGAGUGCCAAUCCAUCAUGGAGAGCUUCUUCAUGGAGAAUCAGUACCCAGAUGAGGCAAAGCGGGAGGAGAUUGCCAACGCCUGCAACUCUGUCAUCCAGAAGCCCGGCUGCAAACUGUCAGAGUUUGAGCGUGUGACGGCUCUGAAGGUGUACAACUGGUUUGCCAACCGCCGGAAGGAGAUGAAGAGGAGAGCGAAUAUAGAGGCUGCCAUUUUGGAAAGCCAUGGUAUCGAGGUGCCAAGUCCAAGCUGCCACUCCAACGGUGAGGACGGAGAGAUGCCAGAGUUCACAGACCAGGUGAAUCAUCGAUUCUCAGAGCAGGAAGAGACGUCCUCCCAGAAGAUCAUGGACCAUCAGGAUCCCUCCUCGCUGGCUGCUCCAGAGGUGUCAGCCCUGCCCAGCCCCACUUCUCAGGUCACAGAACAAAAGGACGAGGAUUCAAAAAGGGAGCCUGCAGACGAGGAGUGACCCACGAAGCCAGCAACGUUUUAAAUCAUCAUAUUUAGAUUUGAACCAAACGAAAUGGAAAACAAGAAAUGCCUCUUGCUCUACCCCUGUAGAGCAUUUCAGGUCUGUGACACCCAGAAAUCAGCGGGAGGAGGGUGCUGAACUUUGCUAAGGUGCCUCAGGUGGUAAGGUACGGAACAGUAUUAGGGCCAUGAAGGAGAAAAAAUAUUUGAGAGGGGAAGAUUUGUUUUUUCGUGCACUUCGAGAAUAAAGUCUAAAUUUCGCCCUUUUUCUCAACAUUUCAACUAUAUUCACGAAAUUUUGACUUUUUUCUCAACAUUUCAACUUUUUUCUCGAAAUUGUACUUCAACAUUAAUCGACAUUUCGACUUUUUUCGCGACGUGCAUAAUGAAAAAAAAAUCUUCCUCCUCUAAAAUAUUAUUUUAUUUUUCUCCCACCUGGCCCUAAUACUCUUCUGCAGUAAGGAGGGCACUGUAUUUAUCAACAGUAAUCCUGCUUAUAUUAACGACAAGAUACAGUCUACACACACACACAGACACACACAUAUAUAUGUAUAUAUAAUAUACACACACCCAUAUUUAUAGUGCAUUCCAGAUGGUAUUAAAGGCCUCAUUUCCUUAGACGGAGCAUCAUGUAAAGGAUACCUCGCCAGUUUUACUAAGCUAAGCUUUUCCUGCUUCCUUUGCCACGCGCCUUGGUUUAGCCUUUUCGUAGCGCGACGGACGGAGGCGUGAAUGUGCUGAGCCUGCAGGUCAGGUGCGAGCGGGCGUGGGAUACGGCGUCAGUGAUGCCCCUCGGUGAAACAAGCGCCAUGUUGCUCGUACGUUUUUUGAAGAGUCCAUCCUCAAUCACGUAGACUGUUCAGAUCUGCUGAUCAACCGACGUGUGCUGUUAUUCAAAAAGCCCUGAGGAAUAACUGGAAUCUCAGGUACUCCCAAAUAUCACGGACUAAACGACGGGGAAAAAACUGCACCAAACCUCCUGUGUUGUCAUCUUCUUUGUAACUGUUAUUUAUGCUUUCUUUUUUUUGAAAAACAAAUCAAACACAACUAAAACCUAAAAUAUCUUUGUAUUUCUUUGUUAUACUGAGUGCUGCUAUUUUAACGUUUUUGUUGUUUACUGACCUUUUAAAGUUUGUCAUCAGCCAAUGAAACUAAACUAGAUACACACACAUUUCUUUUUCUCCCUUUUUUUUUUAAAUGAUCAUUUAAAAGAAUGCUAAACAAUCUGUCACCAAAUAUACUACAAGCACCUUCUGUCUGUUAGGGAGAAGCUCAAGCUUAAGCUCAAGCUAGUGUCACUGAAAAGCUGCACUUCAAAGUGAAUCUCACUCCAAGUGUAAGGGGAAAGCUUUCAUGUACAUAAUUUAAAAAAAAAUAGGUAACAAAAUAGUACAAGCUAAUACAGUAUGAGUGAAAGCACUAGUAGUUGUGUAUAACAUUGAAUAUGAGUCGCCAGCUUAUACUUUGCGUAACAUAGACCCGUAUAUUGACAGGCCCUACGCAUUCAUAUCAUGAACAAAGACGGUUGUUCUCAAAUGGCUCCAAACAGGGCACCACCACGUUGCCUCUCGAUGCCAAAGCCAUGCCGAGAAGAGCUGCAGAGCUAACUCAGCUUUUAAGAAAUGCCAUGUGGCAGCGGCAUCACUGUAGACGUACAAUUCAGAAGAUGUUUGUUGGAGGAUGUGGACAGUGUUAUGUAGCACCUUUGGCAGCGGCUUUGCCCUGUGUUUUCACCUCAAACAAUUUUCUUGUCCAGCUUUGGACAGGAAUCCCCAAAGCUGCUGCAGUUUCUUAUCCUUAUUAUUAUACUCUUAUUUCUCUCUGUCUCUCUCUCUCUGCUUUUAUCUGACGAGAAAUACUAAUAAUAAAAGUGU